CUUGUAAACAAAUUAAAAUUAAUUUCAAACAAGUCCUGUUUCUCAACCUACUCCUAAAAUGACGCACUCAUGGAAAGAUAGCCCAAACAAACCGUUGCUCCAUUUAUUUCCUCACCGUCUUUAAACACAGUCAAACCCAAUCCACCAAUCAUCCAUCGCCACAGGCCCACAGCCGCCUUCCUUUCCCCAAGUCAUGCCCUUCCUCAGCCUCGUCUCCUUAUACGCCACCUACCUCCGCCGCUGCUUCGCCUCAUCUGGCCUUACCCCUCAAUCCAUCGCCGUAGACAACGACACCACAAUCCACUUCUGGGGGCCUGAAAAAGUAUCCGCUGACAAACCGGCCUUGCUUAUGAUCCACGGGUUCGGUGCUACGGCCAUCUGGCAAUGGCGGACUCAGGUCCAGUUCUUCAGUCCGGACUUCCGCGUCUACGUCCCCGACCUCGUCUUCUUUGGAAAUUCCACCACUAAAUCCGAGGAAAGGUCGGAGAUUUUCCAGGCCACUUGUUUGGGGAAAUUAAUGGAACAGUUGGGGGUGGAGAAAUUCCACGUGAUGGGGACCAGUUACGGCGGGUUCGUGGCGUACCACAUGGCGAGUAUGUGGCCGGAGAAGGUACAGAAGGUGGUGAUUGCCAGCUCCGGAGUUAAUAUGAAGAAAGGAGAUAACGAGUCCUUGAUCAAGAGGGCCGGUUUGGAGAAGGUUGAGGAUUUGUUGCUGCCGGAAACCACCGAUCAGCUUAGGACGUUGACUCGUCUGACAGUUUCCCGAAGUUUCCAAAUGAUUCCCAAUUUUUUUCUAAAUGACUUACUCCAAAGACUGUUCGCAGAGAACAGGAAGGAGAAGCUGGAGCUUCUCAAGGGAUUGACCCUCGGACGCACUGAAGAUGCAAACCUUGCCCCACUUCAACAGGAUGUACUAAUAGUCUGGGGGAACCAAGACCAGAUAUUUCCUUUGAACAUGGCUUAUGAAUUAAAGGAGCUUCUUGGAGAGAAGGUGAGAUUGAAGGUGCUUGAGAACACAUCGCAUGUGCCACAGAUUGAGGACUCGAGACUGUUCAACAACGCGGUUAACAAGUUCUUCUGUGGGUCUUCACGAUGAUUGAUUACCACUUCAUGUUCCAUUCCAUUAUGAAAUUGUAUAUUCCAUUUAGUUUUAGCUUCCAAGGAUGGAUUUGAUCAGAUUUCUGUUUUAUUUUUUAAAAUUAAAUAAUUAACUAUUUAAUAUCACAUAAGUUUGAAUUUUUGAUUUUAACUUAAAAUUAAAUAUUUUAAGUUACU